AUGGCAAAUGGCGCUAAAGAACGGUUCCAAGAGCUCUUCUUUUCUACCAACAAGAUGGCAACGGGCAGCGUGACUGAAUACUUCACCGAAGUCAGCAACGGAAAGGUUUCUCUUACCGGCGAGGUUGUGGGACCUUUUCUCAUGCCUCGAACUUCGAAGCAAUACGCAAACAACAACCACGGCCAUGGCUGGGCAAGUCCGAAUCUACAGACUCUUGCUGCUGAUGCUCUUGGAGCCGCCAAUAGCCAGAUCAAUUUCAAGCCCUACGACAACGAUGGCAAUGGCUAUGUGGAUGCAUUCAUCGUCGUGCACGCAGGGCCGGGUGGAGAGCAAACUCAAAACGUGGACGACAUCUGGUCCGCCCAAUGGGAGCUUCCUCAAGUGGCCACGGUGGACGAUGUCAAGGUUCUAGCUUUCCUUACUAUCCCAGAGGAUGCUAAGAUUGGCGUCAGCGCUCACGAGAUUGGUCAUCUCGUGUUUGGUUGGCCCGAUCUCUACGAUACUGACAGUAGUAGCGCGGGUGUGGGCAAAUGGUGCCUCAUGUCUGGUGGAAGUUGGGGUGGAAUGCCGCAAGGUGUAACGCCUUGCCACCCUUCGGCAUGGUGCAAGGCCACCCAGGGCUGGGUUGAUGUGGUGAGACCAACGGAGAACGGUCAAAUAACGUGCGCGGACGUGAAGUCGAGCAAAAAAGUACACAGACUCUGGAAGAAUGGCGAUGCGUCUAGUCAAGAGUACUUCCUCGUUGAGAACCGACAGCUUGGCGGUUUCGACAAUUCCCUUCCUGGCGCUGGUCUUCUUGUUUGGCAUAUCGACGAUUCCGUGCACAACAACACCAACGAACACCACCCAAAGGUCAGCCUCGUGCAAGCCGAUGGUCUCCGCCAGCUCCAAAACAAGUCUUCCUUUGGUGACAACGGUGAUCCCUUCCCCGGAACCGCCGACUGCCGUUCUUUCCACUCAACCUCGAAUCCUCACAGCAGAUCUCACGCGGGCGACGACACAUUCGUUUCUAUCACGUCCAUACCCGCGUCCAGCCCCACAAUGACGGUUGAUAUUACCGUCAGGCCCGGCGCCUCAGGGCCCCAGUCCGGAUUCAACGCACAAACCUGGUACCGGCUGCGCAACACACUCGCUGGCCACGCCCUUGACGUCGUCAACGACGGCAGCGGCUCCAAAUACAGGUCCAUCCAAAUGGCUCCCGAGGGUAACUUCUCAGGGCAGCACUGGCAGAUCAAACCCCGCGCAGACGGCUCCUACGCCCUAUGCAGCAUGUUCCUGGGCGCCGGCAUGCAGCUGGACAUCGCCGGCGAAGACAAAAAGAAAGCGCAUCUUGCUCCCGCGGGCAACUUCUCCGGCCAGUUCUGGCAGAUCAAGCCUUGGGGUGAUGGCUCGUUUCACCUGUCGAAUCUGUUCUCUGGACCUGAUUUGUAUCUAGAUACGAUGGAGGGUGGAACUCGGGUGGCGAUGAACUCAAGUAAUACUGGGCGGCCGACGCAGAGGUGGACCAUCACGCCUAUAAGAGCGAUCACGGAGAGUGGAUUCUUGGUUCAGGGGCAAGGUACAGCGCGGUCAAUGCUGUAG